AUGGCAACAGUUCUUCAACAGGAAUCUGAAAGGAGAAAUGUCUCCCUUUUACAGACAAGGCCACUGAAUGAUUUUGCAUCAGAAUCCUCUAGUAGGUGUAGACCUAGACAGCUGUUGUCACGUCUGGCAUCAAGUAUGUCUUCAACUUUCUCUGGCAGCCGAAUUUCCAAUCAGGGGACAUUCAAGUUACAAGAUCUCCUGAAAGGGUGCAUUCCUUUCAGACAGUCUGAUAACACAUCAUUUGGUGAGAGACGAAAAUUGGCACAGGCUAGUACCAGUGGCAGAGCUGUUACUAACUUUUCCCAUAAUAGGUCUCCUGAACCUUCUCGAGGAUUUGGAUUUUUGAGAUGGAGAAGACCAGGACCAUCAACUGUUUCACAAUCUCAAAACUUGCGUAUAGGCGAAGAAAAUAUAAAUUCAAGGCCAGAUGAUUCUGAAAUUAGGAAUACUGGUUCGUGGUUUUCUUCACUACAAAGUAGAUGUACUCUUCCCAGAAGAGAAGGGAGGGAUGAAAGUGCAACUUCUAGUGGUAUAAUAAAUGAAGCCAGGGAAGAUAAGUUACCAAUUCCUCAAAGAGCAGUUGGUUCAUUUCAGAACUCGAGUGGAGAACGAUCAGAUGUUGUUCAAGGUGCUACAGCACCACCUUCCAAUGGUUUGCCUUCUGUUGUAGGCAGUUCCUCAACCCAUAAUAUGGCAGCAGAUGCCCUUCAACCAAGAAGUUCCUUGGCAUUCAGAGAAGUAUUCUCUAAUUCUUUCAUUUGCCUUUCUAUGCCAUGUGGCCCAGAACAUGAUUCUCUGACGUACAGUCGUUCUGAGCGAGAUAAACAGCAAACUGCAAGUACAUCUUCAAAGGAUCCAGAAAACUUGAGAAAAAUACAAGAGAGUUUACUUUUAGAAGAUUCUGAUGACGAAGGAGAAGAUAUUUGUCGGAUUUGCCAAAUAGGAGCUGGAUCUACAUCAACUAAUCCUUUAAUAAAGCCAUGUAAUUGCACUGGCAGCUUACAGUAUGUUCAUGAGGAAUGUAUAAAGAAAUGGUUGCAAUCCAAAAUAAACUCAGGUGCUGAUUUGGCUGCUGUCAUCACCUGUGAAUUGUGCAAGGAAAAGUUGCAGCUGGACUUGGAAGAUUUUGAUGUUCAUGAAUUGUAUAGAACACAUGAACAGGCACAGCACGAUAUCAGUUCUGGUCUUUACCUUGUUCUUUUACUUCAUCUGUGUGAGCAGAGAGUUUCUGACAUGAUGGGUGGUACAAGUGAGACAAGGACCAGACUGCAGUUCAUCCACUUGGCAAGAACCCUUCAGCAGCACAUGCAAGAUCUUGAAACCACAGAUGAAGAUUCUGAAGAUGAACAAGAUAGAUCUGAAAGUAGAACAUAGAGGUUCUACUUAAUGGACUUGCGUCAUGGGGCUUCCCAGUACAACAAGUCUUUAUAUAAAGGCAAAGCAUUAUAUUCAUUUAUCACUUUUGCUAAAAAUUGCUAGUGGAACAUCAAAUAGGUGCUGAGGAAUUGGGUGAAGUUUUUCCAAUUUUGUGACUGCAUUAGAGAUGAGAUGAAUGACUUUUAAGCAGUUAAAGCUUUUUAUUUGUAGUAAUUAAGAAUUUAAGAAGAAAACUCAUUGCAACACAAGUCCCUAUCCUGGAUUAAUGUGGGCAGCUGAGAUUGUGUGCACAACUGCCUUUUGCUAAUGAAAAUGUUUGACUUCCAAUGUCAAAACCCAAUUGGAGAUGAAAGAACCACCAGUUAUGAAAAUUCUUUAGAGAUUUUUACAUUUCAAAAGGCAGUUUUCGGGCAAGUUUGCUUCCUGCCUGGAAUGCAUAAAAUCUGAUUAUUUAAGUUGCAGCAUUGUCUUGCUUAAAGUGACGAAUCUAUGAUGGAUCUGGGUAUUCAGUAAUGAUUGAUUUUAAAAGUGUAUAUUUCCUGAGGGGGAAAUGCCAGGUAAAAUCCUGUUACCAAAUCAUGGAUUGUAACUUUUUUAAUUGCAGUUUUUUGAUAAAAUUAAAGAUACUAAACUGAUUGUAGAGCUUUAUUAACUGUUUUGAAUAAAUAAAAGU